CAUUCGCGUGAUCGUGUGCGCGUGCGCAUUCUGACGCGUUACUGGAUUUAGUGAGUUUGAAAAAUACCAGGCAAUCGAUAUCUCCGGAGAUUCACGGCCGGUGGUCAAUGUGCAACGGGUUGUGAACAGUUCUUGGAACAUGAUCACUUGAAGACACAGAAGAGAAAAAUACAAAUCGAAGAUCGAGUUCUGAAAUGCUAGAUCAAGUGCAUUAAGUGACUGAGUGAUACGGUGAUCGGCCCUAGAACAGACGUAAUUGAUUGUUGACCUCCAAAGUGGCGACGGACCCUGUGCUGAUAACGAUAAUGCCGAUGGAGGGAAGCUGUGAAACGGCAUAAUGACGCAUUUGUGCAGCAAGAUCUUCUUGUUCCUACUGGUGGCGGUUUCCGUUGGCCACACCCUGACGGACACUGAGUUCGAGCCCGUCGAAGGGAUUUGCGACAUUUGCACGUGCAGCGUCCGGAACGAGGCCAGCGCCCUACACCUCAGCUAUUCCAUACUGGACUGUUCGACGAAGAACCUACGCCACAUGCUGGCCAGUUGGCCGGACAUCUUCGGAAACGACCAUGACGAUCAGGAGAUCGUCUUCUCGCUUUCCGGCAACGACAUCAAAUCCCUUCAGCAACUGCCCGCAACGGGUGCGGAUUUGGUUUUCAGCUGCCGACAUUGUAACCUGACGGAGCUGGCCAGUGCAGCCUUCCUGGAUACGCCCAACAUCAUUCGGUUGGAUUUGAGCUGGAAUCUGCUGACGGGAGAUGUCCUGCGACCGGAUAUCUUCCGCGGCAAGUACGCAGAACAGGAAUACGAAUCGAUCGCAUUGGAUGAGCUGGAUUUGAGCUACAAUUCGAUUGAGUUUUUGGACGGUUCGUUGUUUGAACACAUGGUUCAUCUGAGGCGGCUAUCGUUGUCCCACAACGCGCUGGGAGAACUCACGGACGGAACGGUCCAGGCACUAGGAUCGAUCAGUCGGUUGGAGCAUUUAGAUUUGUCGAACACAGAGCUAGUGGACAUCCCGCGGGCGAUGUUUGAGAAGAUUGAAGGGUUGCGGGAACUGUUGCUGCAGGGCAAUAAGUUUACGACGGUGCCGAGUUCCAUCGGAUUGCUGAAGCCGACCCUGAUGGCACUCUAUGUGGGAGAGAAUCCGAUUCAACAGCUGAACGAUGAGAGCUUCUUUGAUCUUGACCAUCUUACGCAGCUGAACAUCAGCGGCAUGCCACUGCUGGAUGAUAUCGGUGUCGGUACGUUCGGGGGAUUGAAGUCGCUGGAAGUGCUGACCUGUAGCCAUAAUCCCAUGUUGGUCGAGUUCGAUAUGAGUGACCUGAAGGGGCUGAUACGAUUGAGACAGCUGGACAUUUCCCACUGCUCGAUCAAGAACCUGCACCUGGACGAACCGAUCCCGGUGCAGGACAAAACCUCUGACAUAGCCUACAUCGAUGUGUUCCCCAAGCUGCGGUCCGUCAAGCUGGAAGGCAACCGCUGGCACUGCGACUGCGAGCUCUACGAAACCAUCGAAUCCAUCAAGCACAUCCUGGAGGACGAGUUCCAGCACAGCAGGUCCGAAGCUCGCUGCGAAACACCGUACGAUCUGGCGGCACUGCCCCUGACGGAUCUAGCCGACAAGUCGCUCUGUUCGUCGCCACCGAAGAAAGUUCCUAAAAUCCCAAUCUACGAGGCUCCGGCCUUCCUGCGGCCGCGUUCCAUUGUUCUGUCGCUCCUGUCCGUGGUGAUAGUCCUGCUGGUUGGCUUAAUCAUCGGAGUGAUCUUCGUUUUCGUCAAACGGAAGCUGAAGGGGAACGACGUGGGCUUUACGUCUCCCGUUCGAUACACGACGGUGCGGAACAGCACCACGUCGACGAUUUUGCAAGCUUGAAAGCAGGGAAACAGGGAGGAGAAGAUUCCCGUGAGAUACAAAAUAUAAAAAAGAAAGCGAAUUUUGUUUGUUCUAGUCUGUCUUAUCUUUUAAGUUUAUUUAGUAUAAGCCCUAGGGAGAUAAAUAAAUGUGUACGUACUGU